AUGGCCGUGCAACCCAAAAAGCAUCACGGCCAGCUCACAAUCGUCAUCAAACUCGGUACAAGCUCCAUAGUCGACGAAAAGACGCACCAGCCCCUCCUUUCAAUUCUCUCCCUCAUCGUCGAAACAGCCCAUAAGCUUCGUCGAGAUGGCCAUCACGUCGUCAUCGUCUCCUCGGGCGCCAUUGGCGUCGGUCUUCGCCGAAUGGAUAUCGAAAAACGGCCCAAACAAUUGCCUAGGGCGCAGGCAUUAGCUGCAAUCGGUCAGUGCAGACUUAUGAGUCUGUGGGAUCAGUUGUUUGAGCAUGUCCGGCAGCCAAUUGGGCAGGUGUUGUUGACGCGGAACGACAUUGCGGACCGGACGCAGUACCAGAAUGCGCAGAACACGUUCAUCGAGCUGCUGAAUAUGGGAGUCAUUCCGAUUGUGAACGAGAACGACACAUUGGCCGUUUCCGAAAUCAAGUUCGGCGAUAACGACACCUUGAGUGCGAUUACAGCCGGUAUGGUUCAGGCGGAUUACCUGUUUCUCAUGACAGAUGUGGAUUGUCUGUACGACAAGAAUCCGCGGACGAAUCCGGAUGCGAAGCCUAUCACAGUAGUGGAGGAUAUCGCGGAUUUGGCGGCAGACGUUAGUAGUGCGGGUUCGGCAUUGGGGACUGGAGGAAUGAGCACCAAGAUCGUUGCUGCAAGAUUAGCGACCAGCGCCGGCGUCACAACGGUCAUCACGAAGUCUUCGAAACCAGGGAACAUCGGUGCGAUUAUUCGAUAUGCGGAGUCACAAAGGCUGGCGAGAGUAUCCAGCCGAAGCAGCGUGGCCAACUCCGACCGCGAAGGAGGUUUAUCUUCAUCAAUAGCAUCGCUGAAAUUUCACAGCGACCACGCAACCCCUUCCACAUCUACUCCCCAAGAGACUCCUGCACAGACCGAGACUCCGCCAUCCGAAGCCGAGGAGGUCCCACUGCACACCCGCUUCCUCGCAAACGCCCACCCUAUUCGCGACCGCUGGUUCUGGAUCCUCCACGGCCUGACUCCCCACGGCACCAUAUACAUCGACUACGGUGCAUGGCACGCCCUCAGCGACAAAGCGGGCCUCCUUCCUUCUGGUAUUGUAGACGUAGACGGCCACUUCUCCCAGCAGGAAGCCGUCCGGCUAGUAGUUGUUAAACGCCUUCCGUCGACCAACCACACUUCCACAGCAGCAUCUACUCCAGCUACCCCUAAUCCACCACAUAAUCACACUCACGGGCACGUCCCUGCCCCUGUGCCGGACAGGAACUCCCUCUACGAACGCCACCACCCAGGCCUCGUCCACUCCCACUCCUCAUCACAACUGCUCGCGCAUCAUCACCAGCAACAGCCGGCGUACGAGCUGCACAACCCUGCCCCCUUUGAGAUUGGCCGAGCGGUAGUGAACUACUCCGAUGUUGAGAUCCGACGGAUCAAAGGCUUGCACAGCACGCAGAUUCACGAGGCAUUGGGGUAUGCAGAUAGCGAGUAUGUAGCGCUGAGGGAGAAUAUAGCGCUGUUGGGUGUCGAGAAGUCGAGACCGAAUACACCCAGUUUUGGGCGAUCAGCGAAUGAGGCGGAGGCGCAUUAGGAAAUGGUUGGAGAAGGCGAUCUAAUGUAUGGUGAGGCGUAGAGGACGAAUGUUGCACGGCAUUCGCGUAUCAAUGGGGGUUUUGGCGUCUUGUAUCUAUAGCAAGUACGGGAAAGAUGUAAGCACUUAGGUAUGGAAUAUCGGAUGCUUAGAUGCAUAAUAGAGUCUUUCAGCGUUCGCUUUG